AUGAAGUUCCAACGCGAAGACCACGUUCCUCCGGCGAGGCAGUGUGAAAUCUACCACGUUGUUACGGUUAUUAGCCGAAUAAGUGGAGACGGCUCCAGUGACGCCCCGAAACUCUGUUUCGCUGACACGUACAACGUCGGCCGACCGUACCCUCACACAACCGAGCCAGAAAUCACGUCAACGCCAGAUGAGAGGGAGUUCCACUAG